AUGGACUUUAACGUGUCGCGCAACGAAACUAUCGCCAAUAAAAGCGUCAAUAUUAACGGUUCAACAGCUGUAACGGGCAUCUCGUGGUCAUUUCCAUCCAUCAGCGAUAUGGUCAUCUUCCCGUCCAUCGUCAUUUUCAACGGCUCGGUACUGUUCAUUUUCAUCUACCAAGGCUUACUAUCGCGACCCUUCUACAUUUACCUGGCCAAUCUCCUCUUCGCCAAUCUGGUAUUCGCCAUCAUGAACAAUCCGCUGGACAUCCUCAACCUAAUCUAUCCAUCCUGGUGGUUGGGUAAUACCGCCUGCACCGUCUACCUGUACUCCAUGUAUGUCGUUGACGGGAUCAUGAUGCACGCGCACGUUCUCAUCGCUAUUAACCGCGUCUGGGCCGUGACCUUCCAUAUCUCGUACACCCGUCGCAACACGGUGCGCACGGCGCUUUACUGCUGUUUGGCUUCGUGCAUCUACGUGCACGCGGUGUGUCUGCCAUACGUCGUCUUGGAUGCGCUGUACUACCGGCUACCUAUCGAAACAGCCGGAUGUCUAAUCAACACGGAGGCGUUGCAGUUCUGGAGUCUGCUAACGCAGUUCCUGAUUUACACGCUCCCCAUCGUCUUCAUUGUCGCAGUGUAUCCGUAUCUGGUGUAUAAGCGUCGGGCCCGUCGAAUUGCAGCGAAUAUUGUCGCCCCGGAAACUGAUCAAACACCGGCGUCGGAGAAGGUCGAAGCCGGGACAGUGGAAGUGCUCCCGAAAAAUGGGACAUAUAAUGCAAAGGGGGGAAAACGCGGAUUCCGGGUGUUGACGGCAUUGACCUUUAGCGUAACUCUGUUGUGGACGCCGUCGUGCAUCUUCUUCAAUGUCAACUGCUUCAUCGAUAUCAGCGACCAGACGCUGCUGAUGCAGAUCGUGUUGGUUAUGUUCGCCUCGGAAGCGGUGCUGGAUCCAUUGUUGUUUGCCCUGGUUUUGGAUGAUGUGCGGGAUUUUAUUGUCGGUUUGGUUCGAGCGCUCUUCAAAAGCGCGUGA